AUGUUUACAGCUAACUUUAAAUGUCAAUAUUGUCCUCGUUCUUUUUCGAGCCGUAAUGCAUAUGCCCAACAUGUAAAUCUAUGCAUUGUUAAGUAUGAUAUUAGUACAGAAGAAUCCAACGAUUCCAACGAUUCCAACGAUUCCAACAAUGAAGUUUCGGAAAUAAUUUCAGAAGUCACUGAUAUGGUAGUAGAUAGUGAAGAUAAUGAAAACAAUGAAUUUAGUGAAUAUAGUGAAAAUAGUGAAGAUAAUUUAGAUAGUGAAAGACAAGAAGAAAUGACGUCAAGUUCCGAAAUGAGAGAAAAUUCACAAGAUCUUCAAGAGUAUGAUGGUGAUGUUUCAUUAAUAUCACUUUCAAUUUCGGAAAGAUACGAAAAUUUACCUUUGAGUUUACGAA